AUGGAGGCGAUUGAUGAUUACGCCAAUGAAAACAUUGUUCGAUCCAUUGCAUACACUGCGCUCGACUACCGUCAACAGCAUCAGUAUUUAAAGCUGUUGCCUAUUUCAUCCCAACUUUUACGUCAGCGUGUGCAUAUUCUUGGACCUUCUUCAAGUAACAACCAAGGUACUACUGAUUAUAAGGAGUGGGAUAAUGUCGUGCAAUGGCAAGAUGACAAUUGCCCUGCCAUGAUUGAAACACUCUGGGCAGCAAAGGGAGAUGCCGCUGCUGAAGAGUUAUAUCAAAGGCCAGUUUACUACAAACGUAUGGACGCGGAUACCUUACAUGCUAUCAUCGAAUUUGCCGACAAGGAUACACAACACUUUGUUGUCGUGCUAUUAUUAGAAGACGGUAGUGGAGAUAUUUCAGAUAUAAAGUAUCAUAACACCAAAGAACUCACCAAAGAUGAAUGGAUUGAUGUUUUUGGAAACUGGUCGAGGACUAUUGAGGAUGCUGAAAGAGUGUUUUUGACAAAAGUAACUAGAAAUAAAAAAGUUUUUACCGCAGGAACACCAGAUGUAAAAGCACCGGAGGAUUACUGGGGUGAUUGGUCUUCAGAUGAUGCAUCUUCACCCAAACAAAAGACUUGCAAGAAUAAGCAACAUCCUCUAAGUGCCGAUUUGAAAGAGUUAGAAGACGAUUCAGAAGAAGAUGAAUAUUACACAAGAUGGAGUAAAAAUCCGGGGACACUAACGCCUGGACCUGGAGAGCAGGAAAGAUCACAUUCAGGUAGAAUUAUGCAAUCAAUCAGUCAGGAGGAAUUGAAUGAGGAGUACGAUCAGUCCUACAACCCUUUGUUCACUGUACCAAGUGUGCCCAAUCUGAUGGAUGCUCAUACAGCCGCUUUAUCUGAAUUAACUCAUAUGCUACAAACAUCGCUUCCUCAUCAGCAGCACCAACAGCACGAAGAAGACAUCAGCAAUUUCACCGCGCACAAGAAAAUAGUACCUGGCGCUUAUCCUGAGUCUGGUACUCACACUCCCAGCCACCAGUACGGGGAAGAAGAAGAAAAGCUGUUAAGAAAUAAGGAAGCAGGUAGAGGCUUAUUCAUGAAGAGUUUGAGUGCUUUGAUUGGAGCUGCACGUUUAUUAGGAUAUGAGCCGAAGGAUAUUCUGGAAAUGGUACAAGAGAUUGUAAAUAAGACAUAG